AUGAAGCCUGCCACAAUCUUUGUUCUGGUAGCUUUGAUUUCCAUGAAUAUGAAUAUUGCCAGGGCUCUGUCGAAUUCCAAAAGUAAAGAGAGAGCUUGUCCUAAGGUGCCCACACAGAGUAUCGCAGCUUGUGAUGAGCAAUGCUCAGGAGAUGAGGUGUGCCCUGGCAAAAUGAAGUGCUGUAGCAAUGGCUGUGGUCAUUCCUGCAGACCUCCUGUCUUUUAA